AUGAAGACUCUGAUUUACGUUUACGACAACUGCCACAAAGUCUCCCUAGGUUUGACGAAGACCUCCUUUGCUGUCACUCUGCUUCGAAUAUCGUCAACCCGGCAGAAGUACUUCAUUUGGUUUCUCGUCAUCACCAUGAACAUUCAGUUCAUUAUCCACAUCAUCCUCACAUGGCGCCCAAUCUGCCCUAUUGUACCUGGGGAUCCGACACCCCACCUGCCCGUGUCGUGCUGGGAAUCUCCGAAUGCGACUGCGCUUGGUGUUGUUGGUGGAUUUUACUCGGCUGCGGCUGAUGUUUUGUUGGCCUUGCUACCGUGGAAGAUCGUCAUGGGCUUACAGAUGAAAAAGCAUGAGAAGAUCGGCGUCGCAAUCGCCAUGAGCAUGGGUGUCUUGGCUGGUGUCAUGGGAGUCAUGAAGGCUGUGCAAAGCAUCAUUGUUCUGGACCCAACUACACCGAAUCUGUUCUGGAAACUCUGCAUCUUCCACGUCUGGGUCGAAGCAGAGCCAAAUGUUACCAUCAUCGCGGCCUCCAUUCCGGUUCUCCGAGUUCUGUUUCGAAACAUUCGAAGCCAACAAGAGAUAGGAUACCCAUCCUCUGGCGCGUACAUACGAUCAGAUAAUCUGAGCAAGUUCCAGAACCAGGGCAUGUCAGUGGGUCGAUCAGGAAAUGUGGAAGAUCACGACAAUAGAGGCGAUGGCGACAGCGACCGAAGUAUGCUUCCACAGGGUAUAGUGAGGACCACGGAGGUCAUGAUCGAUUACGACAAACGUAGUGGGAUAUCAGACAACAUUCCUUCACAAUUCUGCGUUAUGCGUUCAAAUGUCAUAGCCUUCAAAGAGAUCAUGGCAGUCGUAAUAAUCAAUGAUAAUUCUAACGCCUCUGCCAAGAUCCAGGACCAAUAG